UCGAAAUCAACCAGCUUUUCAGGUGUGAAUUUGUAUAGUCGCAUGAAAGCCGAACGAAGUCAUCACGGUGUUCCAGCCGUUGGAAGAACGGAGACUCGGUCGUUGGUUCUCGCCAUGCCUGCGGUUGGAGUUAACAUGGAGGCUGCCCGACCAUGGUUCAUGGAGCUGAACGAACGUGUGAAGAGGCGGCAACAUGCCGAGGCCGGUUCGGCGGCGCGGCGCGUCCCGCGCGACCGAAAACCCCAGCAGGACGGGCCGGUCCCCGUCCUCGUCCGGGGCCGGAGAUGGAGUCGUUCCCCAGAUCUAGCCCAUCUGGAGCCCUGGCUGAUCUAGGGCGAGGGGACCAAGCCAGCGCUCAGUCUGGGCGCAACUACUGUGUGAUGACAGAACGGGGCAAAGAGACCUGGGAGGCGUUCCAGGCGACGGUCGGGCCAGCGCAGAAGUGGGAUUCCCGCUUGGUGCUGGGUCCCGAGCCCCAAGUGGCGGCGGAGGCGAUCCGCCGAGCCUUGGGCUUGGCCGUUUGAGGUGGAACAAAAAGGGGUCGUUUGGGC